GAGUCCAGAGAACCGUUAGAGAGAUCUGUAUCUGACAAUUUUUGUGGAAGACAGGACUCUUCAUCCUCAGAUAUGCUGGAUCCACAGUUUCAGAACUCUAGCCCCUCAACGGUUUCCAGACAUCCAUAUUCUCUUUAUGGUGAAAGAGAAGGUGAAUCAGCUCAGAGAUGUAGAGCUAGACUGGAGAGGCAUCGCCGAACAGCUGAGCGUGCAGCAAAAGCUUUGGCAGAAAAGAAUAUGCGUGACCUUCUAGCUCAGAAGGAGCAAGCUGAGAGAAAUAGACUAUCAGAGACUCUGGAUGCUGAAGUAAGGAGGUGGUCAGGUGGAAAAGAAGGAAACUUGCGUGCCUUACUUUCUACAUUGCAAUAUAUCCUUGGGCCUGAUUCUGGGUGGCAAUCAAUCCCAUUGACGGAGGUCAUUACUUCUGCUGCUGUGAAGAAAGCUUACAGGAAGGCCACCCUGUGUGUUCAUCCUGACAAAUUACAGCAACGUGGGGCUAGUAUUCAACACAAAUACAUAUGUGAAAAAGUUUUUGAUCUUUUGAAGGAAGCUUGGAACAAAUUCAACUCAGAGGAGCGGUAACAUGCCUGGCGGCCCAGGUCUGGUUUUUCUCUCUCCCUUUCUCUUGCAAUUGUGUAUAGAAGCCUCACCUUUGCCGGAAGGCACGCAGUCCCAGCUUCCAAAAACUUUUAUAAUUAUUUUGUCAAAGUAUAUGUUCUGUUGUAAUAGUCUCAUCAAGAGUAAAUAGAUACAUAAAUUAUGAAGCUGUAGAAGCUAAAUUGGCAAUUUGUAUGAGCAAAAUAUUUGUUAUUAUCA